UAAAUGAUUUUUCUGACAACGUGCCUGAGUCUUUCACAAUUUUCUUUUGAUAUUUACAUAACAAUGAGUUCUCAAAAAGGAAAUGUUCGUAAGUCUGGUCCACAGAAAUACCAAAACAGACAGGCUUUUAAAAAUAACCUGCAUGACACUACUCCAAGAGUAAAGUUGAUGAAUAAUGUGAUGUUAGGAGGUGUGUGUAAGAGAUGUAAAGACGUCAUAGACUGGAAGAUAAAGUACAAGAAAUAUAAGCCUCUCACAGUUCCUAAAAAAUGUACAAAAUGCCUACAAAAGAGGAUCAAACAAGCAUACUAUACUAUUUGCAUCCAGUGUGCAAAAGAGAGAAAAAUCUGUGCUAAAUGUGGAGAGAAGUCAGAAAUUGUGGAAGAGGCAGAGCUACAGAGUUCAGCAGAGCAAAUGUCAAAUGAAGCACAGUUUGAAGCAGAGCUGAAGAUGUUACCAGAGAGGAAAGGAAGAACUUUUUUUCGACUCCAGCAGCAGGGAAAGUUGACCAAAGAGAUGCUGGAGGAAGCAGGCAGCAGAGAGGAUGAUGACGAAUUUUUGAGUGAUUCAGAUGAUUUAUCUGUCGAUGAUUCUGAGAAUGAUGAUUGUGAUGAGGGAGAUGAUUCUAAGAAUGAUGAUAGGGACGAAAGAAAAAAAGACAGUAGUUCUUGUGAAAAAGAAUGACCUGAUGUAGACAACAUUGUUUUAAAUUAAAACAAAAAAUCAUAAUGCUGUCACUGAGUUAAAAGAGAUGAUUAAUAUAGAAAACUAGCUCAUUUUCAAC